UUGCUGAAAGGGGACAUAGCAAUGAUAAAGGCAGUGAGGAGGUUUUUCCAACUAUUUCUUGGGAAAUGACUGGGCUGAGAUAUGUUUCUCUUGCAUAGAAAGAAGUGACUCCUCGAACCUUCACUUAGAGGGGAUGGAAAAUAAUAAUUAAUGACAGGAAGAGAAGAAUGAAAAAUGGCCGAGUUCUUACUACCUGGUACCAACAACUUCCGUAAGUUCACUUAUGAAUCCUUGGCUGCUAUCGAAAAGAGAAUUGCUGCUAAGAGGAAUUGUCAAAGAAAUACUAUAGACCAGAAACCUAAGGAGAAACCACGUCCUCAGCUUGACCUAAAAGCUUUCCAGAAGUUACCAGCUCUCUAUGGAAAUCCUCCUCCAGAGCUUAUUGGGGAACCACUGGAGGAUCUCGACCCAUACUACAAAGAUCGUAAGAUUUUCAUAGUGCUAAACAAACAGAAAAUAAUCUUCAGAUUUACGGCUACACGUGCCUUAUGGAUCCUCAGUCCUUUCCAUCCAAUCCGAAGAACAGCAAUUAAAAUUUUAGUGCAUUCAUAUCCUUUUGUUGGCUUCAUUCACUCUUUUUGA